AUGGAUAUUUUAUACAUUACAGAUAUGGCUAUCCAUAGCGUACUUUUUGUUAUAGGUUUAUCUGGAAAUAUCUUCAUCCUGAUUGUUCACUUUCUGGAGUGGCUAAAAACACGUGAGCAUAAUCCUUGUAAUCUCAUCAUUAAUAGCAUUGGGAUUUCCAACAUCUGCCUGCAAAUAGCCAAUGAUGUUUAUGACAUUACAUACUAUUUAUGUCCAGAUGCCUACCUUGAAGAAUGGGCAAAUUAUUUACUACUAGCUCUUGUAUCAUCUCUCUCAUUGUCCAGUCUCUGGUGCUCCACUUGUCUCUGUUUUUACUAUUGUGUGAAGAUUGUCAACCUUAAUGGAUCUUUGUUUUAUAAAAUCAAAGCAAAGCUUCCUGUUGUGGUACCUUGGCUACUUGUGUUCUCAGUUGUUCUGUCUUGGUCAGUUGGAAUGUCAGCCUACUAUGACCUGUACACGGGCUAUUCUGUCUCAGCCCUAAACAUCACAGGGAAUGUGACAUUAGAAGAAUCAUUUUACCCCUAUGAGAGUAAAUGUAACUGUAUCUUUUCUGUAUACAUUUUAGUGGCUUCUUUAGCUUUUGCAAUAAUCUUCUUGGCAGGUGGGACCAUCAUCACCUCUCUUUGUAAGCACAUGUUAAGGAUGAGGCAGACCAAUGAAGGACUUGGCCAUUCCAGAAUAAGGACUCACUUAUCAGCUGCUAAGACAGUAACUGCGCUCAUGAUUCUUUAUUUGAUUUUCUAUUGCGCAUUUAGUUGCAUAAACAAUUCUAUAUAUUCUUUUGAUUUUUUAACAAUCAUAAUCUGUUAUAUGGUUAUUUCUAUUUUUCCAACAGGAAAUGCUCUAAUUCUAAUCACAGGCAACAGAAAAUUGUUAACUGCUCUAAAAAAGGUACUAGGUGUGAAAUCUAGUGUCAUCAAUACUGAAGUCACAGUUACCACUUAUUAA